GUGCGCGCGCGCACACCCGGCGGCGGUCCGUCCGCAUGGAGCGUCCGCUGUGGCGUUCCGGAUAGAGGCUCGUGGUGGGGUCUGGGGUUCCCUGGUUUCCGAACGCCCGCCUCGUUUCCCGCGUGUCCGCGUCAGCUCAGGGUGACAGCCAGAGCCCCCGCCUUCUCCGGCCGCCCUGGUUUCAGGGACUCUAGAAUGCUGCUGACACCGUGCGCCCCGCCCCUCGGCGGAAGGACCUAGAGUGAGGAUCCAGCUGGUGGGAGUGACGGAGUGUGAGCUCUUAACGUCCCAUGUCCUCUCGAUUAGCAGACCUUGACUUCUUCCCAAACACUUCCGAUGCCUCUUUUACCUCUGGCCUCCUUCCGGCCACCGCCUUGGGUGCUGAGGCCCUCAUGGGGCCUCUCCAGGCCCCAGCCACUCUGUACACAGCCAGAGCUCCACGGCUCGCCCCUCUCUCGGAGGAACCGUGAAGCCAAGCAGAAGCGCCUGCGGGAGAAGCGGGCGGCCCUGGAGGCUGGGCUAGCCGAGAAGAGCAAGUCACCUGCGGUGCCCACUAAGGCCUGGAGUCACAAGGAGGUAGUGUUGUAUGAAAUCCCCACUGAGCCGGGUGAAAAGAAAGACGUUUCUGGGCCCCUGCCCCCUGCUUACAGUCCCCGGUAUGUUGAGGCGGCCUGGUACCAGUGGUGGGUGCGAGAGGGCUUCUUCAAGCCAGAGUAUCAGGCACGGCUGCCCCAUGCUACAGGGGAGACCUUUUCCAUGUGUAUCCCACCUCCCAAUGUCACUGGCUCCCUGCACAUCGGCCAUGCACUCACGGUGGCGAUACAGGAUGCCCUCGUGCGCUGGCACCGGAUGCGCGGGGAUCGCGUGCUGUGGGUCCCCGGCUCAGACCACGCAGGCAUUGCUACACAGGCUGUGGUGGAGAAGCAGCUGUGGAAGGAGAAGGGCGUGAGGAGACACGAGCUGAGCCGCGAAGACUUCCUUACGGCCGUGUGGCAGUGGAAGCAUGAGAAAGGAGGGGAGAUCUAUGAGCAGCUGUGCACUCUGGGUGCCUCUCUGGACUGGGAUCGAGAGUGUUUCACGAUGGACGCUGGCUCCUCAGCAGCCGUGACGGAAGCGUUUGUGCGACUCUACAACUCGGGGUUGUUGUACCGGAGCCGUCAGCUUGUCAACUGGUCGUGUACUCUGAGAUCUGCCAUCUCAGACAUUGAGGUGGAGAGCCGGCCCCUGCCUGGCCGCACAGUGCUCCAGCUGCCCGGCUGCCCGACCCCUGUGUCUUUCGGGCUCCUUGUUUCUGUCGCCUUCCCUGUGGAUGGCGAGCCUGGUGCGGAGGUUGUGGUGGGAACCACCAGGCCCGAGACACUGCCUGGAGAUGUGGCCGUGGCUGUUCACCCGGACGACCCACGAUACACACAUUUACACGGGCGACAGCUUCGUCACCCUUUGACGGGACAGCCCCUCCCCCUCAUCACAGACACCAGUGUGGAGCCACACGUGGGCACAGGGGCCGUGAAGGUGACUCCUGCUCACAGUCCAGCAGAUGCCGAGAUGGGAGCCCGGCAUGGCUUGACCCCGCUGAGUGUCAUUGCAGAGGAUGGGACCAUGACAUCCCUCUGUGGAGACUGGCUGCAGGGUCUUCACCGAUUUGUGGCCCGGGAAAAGAUUAUGUGCACACUGAGGGAGCGGGGCCUGUUCCGGGGCCUACAGGAGCACCCCAUGGUCCUGCCCAUCUGCAGCCGUUCGGGGGACGUGGUAGAGUACCUGCUGAAGAGCCAGUGGUUUGUCCGCUGCCAGGAAAUGGGGGACCGAGCUGCCAAGGUGAGGCCCCAGUAUGGGGAGACUGGGCUGGAGGAGGGGAGCGUCUGAGAGCCUGUCACAAAGGCUCUGGUGGUGACAGAGGACGGUGGCCUGCUGGCUGUGCCCUUG